AUGACCAACGAUUCGUGUCUGUCGUUUGGCGAAGCGCUGCUGCUCUACACAGCCCAUGCUGUCAAGCCACCAUUGCCUGCUCCCAGGUUCAGCUCUCUAUGGCCUGGAAGCAACAUUUUCUCUCGGUGGAAGAUUAAUAUUGGUUUUUAG